UAUCUUUGUAUGGGCAAAUUCGGCGCACUUUAAUGUUCUUUAAUAGCGUAACCGCCUCUCACUCACUCGCAUGGUUACAGCGGACGCUUUGAGAGUUCCUAGCUGCGGCUGCGCAGGCAGGAGGCAGCCAGCAACAAAAUUAUCUGACGCAUUUCUACUGGUUGUGUAAGUAAGAACAGAGAGACUGCGUUCAGACUCAGCGAUUGCAGUUCGUCUAAUGCAAGAUACGGUAAAUAUGGCUGAAUCGGAAUUUGAUGAAGAAGAGGAGCCUCCGUUCAGCGAUCAGGAGGAUUUUGUGGAUGACAUCGAUGAUGAAGAGUUGUUGGAGGAUGUUUUGAGGGAAAGACCUCUGGAGGCUGAUGGGAUUGAUUCGGUGGUCUUAGUGGACAACGUUCCUCAGGUGGGCCCUGAACGUCUGGAGAAACUGAAAAAUGUGAUCCAUAAAAUCUUCUCCAAGUUUGGAAAAAUCACUAAUGAAUUUUACCCUGAAGCGGCUGGGACGACAAAAGGAUAUAUCUUUCUGGAGUAUGCGUCCCCUAACCAUGCUCUGGAGGCUGUUAAGAAUGCAGAUGGUUACAAGCUGGACAAACAGCACACAUUCAGAGUCAAUCUUUUCACCGAUUUUGAUAAGUACAUGAAUAUCAGUGACCAGUGGGAAACCCCUGAAAAACAGCCAUUUAAAGACUUUGGCAACAUGAGGCACUGGCUUGAGGAUCCAGACUGUGGUGAUCAAUACAGUGUAAUCUAUGAAUCAGGAGAGCGAACUGCCAUAUUUUCCAAUGACCCGAAGGAGCCGAUCCUGGUUGAAGAGAGAGCUCGCUGGACAGAGACUUAUGUCCGCUGGUCACCAAAAGGGACAUACCUGGCCACCUUUCACCAACGAGGAAUUGCAUUGUGGGGUGGAGAGAAGUUCAAGCAGAUACAGAGAUUCAGCCACCAGGGUGUCUCUCUCAUUGACUUCUCCCCAUGCGAGAGGUAUGUGGUGACUUUCAGCCCACUGAUGGAUACUAAAGAGGACCCUCAAGCCAUCAUCAUCUGGGACAUCCUGACCGGACAGAAAAAACGUGGCUUCCACUGUGAGAGUUCGGCACACUGGCCUAUUUUUAAGUGGAGUCAAGAUGGAAAGUUCUUUGCCAGAAUGACACAAGACACUCUAAGCAUCUAUGAAACCCCGUCAAUGGGUCUGCUAGAUAAGAAGAGUUUGAAAAUAAGUGGAAUAAAAGAUUUUUCAUGGUCACCGGGAGACAACAUUAUUGCCUUUUGGGUCCCGGAAGACAAGGACAUUCCAGCCAGGGUAACACUCAUGCAGUUCCCAUCCCGUUUAGAGAUUCGGGUGCGGAAUCUUUUCAACGUGGUGGACUGCAAGCUUCAUUGGCAAAGGCAGGGUGACUACUUAUGUGUAAAGGUGGACCGAACACCCAGAGGAACACAGGGUGUUGUCACAAACUUUGAGAUUUUCCGCAUGAGAGAGAAACAGGUUCCUGUUGAUGUGGUAGAGAUGAAAGAGAGCAUCAUUGCAUUUGCCUGGGAGCCCAAUGGCAGUAAGUUUGCGGUACUACAUGGAGAAUCACCCAGAAUAAAUGCCUCAUUUUACCACGUCAAAAGCAAUGGCAAGAUUGAUCUCAUCAAGAUGUUUGAUAAGCAGCAGGCCAACAGUAUCUUUUGGAGUCCUCAAGGUCAGUUCUUGGUACUGGCAGGACUGCGCAGUAUGAAUGGUGCUCUUGCGUUUGUAGACACGUCAGAUUGUACCAUUAUGUAUAUCGCAGAGCAUUACAUGGCCUCUGAUGUGGAAUGGGACCCUACCGGCAGAUAUGUGGUGACUUCCGUUUCCUGGUGGAGUCACAAGGUGGACAAUGCAUACUGGCUUUGGACAUUCCAGGGACGUCUUCUGCAAAAGAACAACAAAGACAGAUUCUGCCAGUUGCUAUGGAGACCAUGCCCGCCUACUUUACUAGGUCAAGAGCAAAUAAAGGCAAUUAAGAAGGACCUCAAAAAGUACUCAAAAAUCUUUGAACAAAAGGACAGACUGAGCCAGUCGAAGGCUUCUAAGGAGUUAGUGGAUAAACGUCGUUUGAUGAUGGAAGAAUACAGCCGAUACAAAGACAGUGCCAUUCAGCUUUACAACCAACAGAGGGAGCUGCGCCUCGAGCUCAGAGGAGGUGUGGACACAGAUGAACUGGACAGUAAUGUGGAGGACUGGGAAGAGGAAACCAUCGAGUUCUUUAUUAGUGAAGAGAUCAUUCCUCUCAGAGAUCUAGAAUAGACCUACACAGAAAGCACUUCUGUUUCCAGCUGUAAGACAAAAUGAU